AUGGCGUUGACGGCUGCUGCUGGCAACAGCCAGCUUUCUUCAUUCCUCCUACGACAGACACGCGUUGCCUUUUCGACAGUGCUCCGGACAUGGUCUUCUCGCACUCUCCUCUCAUCCUCCAUCACAAUUCCUGCUAUUACAAUCAACGUUCCUGGACUCCUCACAGAUAUUUGGGAAGGAAUGUUAAAGGCUGUGCCUAAGAAAAAGACAUCCCAUUCGAAAAAGCGGCAUCGGCAGUUGGCAGGAAAGGCGUUGAAAGAUGUAAAGGCAAUCAAUGAGUGCCCUGGUUGCGGAAGGCCGAAGAGGGCUCAUACCCUUUGUCCAUAUUGUGUCUCAGCACAUGCAACCGACGUCUUCGCGCUGUCCGCGACAACCACCCAAAUCCUCAGCGGUUCCGGCGAGUCCUCGAUCAAGAUCUACUCCACCACCGACGACGAUUUCCCCAUCACACAGGUUCUGAAAGACAUGCACAAACUUGGCUGCCACCAUCUCGUGACGGACCAGGCUGGCACGAGAGCUGUGAGCGUGGGCUUCGACGGCAAAGUCAAGCUAUGGAAGUACGAAGAGGGUAUGUGGAAAGAGGACGGCGAGAUCGUGAGCGAAAGUGCACCCAAGAAAGUCGGCGAAACAUGGGCUGUAGCCCUUUCGGUGGACGGACAAUACUUAGCUGGCGCGACGCACGAUGGCCGCGUGAAUGUCUGGGAUCUGUCCAACGGGCGGCAAAAGAUUCGGGAGUUCGAGACGAAAGGCAGUUUUGGCAUGUGCGUUGACGUGUCGCCGGAUGUCCGGUUCAUCGCCAGCGGCCACGAAUCGGGAAACAUCUACCUCUUCUCGACGGCCACUUCUCGUCUCCUACACUCGCUACCAGGCCUCAUCAAGCCGGUGCGCGCAGUCAAGUUCUCGCCAGGCAGCACGCUCCUUGCGGCGGCGGGGGAUGCACGUAUCAUCUCUCUCUACGAUCCGCAAUCCGGCGAGCAGGUGGCCAAUCUGAGCGGGCAUGCUGCUUGGAUUACAAGCCUGGACUGGAGCCACACCGGCCAGUAUCUGCUCAGCGGCAGUCUGGAUGGGAAGGUCAAGGUAUGGGACAUUGAGCGGAGGACUUGCGUUGCGACGCAUAGUGAAAGCGACAAGGGCCUCUGGUGUGUGAGGUGGUUGCCCAAGGGUGAGAUGAACAAGCAUAAGGCGGAGAGGUUUGCUACGGCGGGCAGUAAUAGGUCCAUCGCCAUCUACCGGGAGGCUGCGGGAGGAUGA